AUGGCAUCAGGUUCCAGGGGUCAUAAUGCAUCGGAACUUGGCGAGAUUGACGUCUCUGAAAGCUCGAUAGACGGAAUGGGGGCGAUGAAAUUUACUGAUGAAGAGGAUUGUGGUUUCUUCGGGCCUUCUUCCAAUAUCGCAUUCAUGCGUUACAUAUCUCGAGCAAUAGCAAAAGCAAGCCCGCACAGAGACCCGACCCUGAAUCCAUCUACACCACAGAGGGAAUGUGGCAGAAAGGUCAGCGUGGCCAAAUCCAGACCUCCAUCGAGAGGCCCAGAAUUGGGUGCUGAGAACUUGAUUCCAAGCCCGGCAGUCAACAUCUACGCCUUACCCAGCGAAGAGCGCACAUGGAGUCUAAUCCAACAGUACUUCUACAAGACUGGGCAGCUUCUGCCGUUUAUCCAUGAACGGUCAUUCUGCGAGACAUACUUCCAGAUGAAGAGAGAAAGAUUUAGCAAAGUUCGGAGAACCUGGCUUGGUUUGCUCAAUAUCGUCCUCGCCAUCGCAGCAAGCCUAUCGACCAACGGUGACAUGCCUGCAGAGAAGCGGAUACAAGAGUCUGAUGUGUAUUAUCAAAGGGCGAAUGGUCUUUGUGAUCGAGAUUCUAGGCGAAACGCCAGCCUUGAGAUGGUGCAAUAUCUCCUGAUCCUUGGCCAAUAUCUCCAAGGCACUCAAAAAUCCGUACAGGCCUGGACCGCUCAUGGGUUGGCGAUAUCUGCGGCGUAUCAAUUAGGCCUCCACUCUCCGGAUGCUAACCGGGGAUUUCCCCCAUUGGAAUGCGAGGUUCGGAAGCGCACAUGGUUUGGAUGUGUGCUUCUUGAUCGCACACUGAGCAUGACUUUCGGUCGCCCGUGCGCUAUUCCUGAAUCUUAUGUGAAGUUGGACAUGCCCUCCCAAGACUUGCAGAUGUUGAGCUUGACCGCGGAAACCGAGACACAUCCCACGUUGGAUGGUUCUUUUUUCACGGCUGCAAUCAAACUAUAUGUCAUACUCUACAGCGUACUCGAAUUAUGCUACGGAGCCAACCUAGGUUUCGAAGUCUCUACGAAUUCAAUAGAUGCCAUGUCCGGUAUUCUCGAAGGCCAACGCCGACUCGACGAAUGGCGACUUCAACUGUUACCCUCGCUAGGCCUCAAAGUCUGGGACAUCCCAACAAGCCGCGAGGAUGUUGAAAAAAUGGACGCGGGCUCAGUAAUCCGUCACAGAUUUAACGUUGUCCUCUCCGUGCGGUAUAAUAAUCUUCGAAUCCUUCUCCAUCGUCGUUGCUUAGAGAGCCUUCUCGACUCAUUCCAGACUCAAGACAAUACAAUGGUGACGUCUGAGACACGGCUACUUCAGCAUAUGGGACUUGGCAGUGUUGUCAGUUGUGUUGAAUCGGCCGUGUCGAUUAUCUCAACUGUGUACAACAUGUCUUCUGGUAGUGGCUGGCGACGGGAGUUUUUGGGUGCUUGGAACUAUUCGCUAUAUUACAGUAGGUCUUCAGUCUGA